AUGGUGGUGUUUCAGAGGCCAUGCUGUGACGGAGCACAUGCGGCACACAAGGGUCAACAUGAGGUCGCACAAGUAAACACGCUGGAAUAUUACGAUGACCGACUGUCCUCCGACAUUCCCGGUCCACUGCCCAGUCAUUCCCAGUCCACUGCCCAGUCAUUCCCAGUCCACUGCCCAGUCAUUCCCAGUCCACUGCCCAGUCAUUCCCAGUUCACUGCCCAGUCAUUCCCAGCAUUGAGGACUUGCUGGGGUGUGAUGGAGCAGGUGCGAGGUUACUACGUUGAUUGGAGGAUGCUGAGGGACGUUAAGAGAAGACAGAUGGCCUUUGACUAUGCUGACGAGAGGUUACGAAUUAAUGCACUGAGGAAGAACACCAUCCUGCCCAAAGAGCUCCAGGAGAUGGCAGAUAAGGAGAUUGCUGCACUACCACGAGACAGCUGCCCUGUGCGGAUACGCAAUAGGUGUGUGAUGACCUCACGACCCCGGGGUGUCAAGCGCAGGUGGCGACUUAGCCGCAUUGUCUUCCGUCACCUAGCUGACCACAACCAAAUGAGUGGGAUCCUCAGGGCUCGGUGGUGAUUGGGCAUCAGUGGAGUGAUAGAAAAGGAUUGGAUGACCAGCGGGCUUCUCCAUUGGCCAGGAUCAGAAGGACGAGACAAAAGAAUCACAUACAGACUUGUUUUGGCCUUUUCAUACAUGGUGGUUUUGAAACUAAAUAAGUUCACAUCCACUACCUAUGGAGGACCAGAUGGUUUUGCUGUGGCCAAUGUAAGGCGAAUUUCCUCAUAACCACCAACCAAUACAGCGUUGUUCACAGAACACUUGAUGCUGAUCUGAAUACAGCAGUAACUUCAAGCCACCAAGCUUCAUUUAUUUUCUCAUUCCUUCUCUGGAUCUGAAUAAUGACCCAUUACAUAAUACUAAGGGGAAAAUGUAAAUGCAAAUUAUUCAGAAUUGUAUGAAUCAAUAAAAUGUAAUCUA